CUUUUCCCCAUCAUAAAUUUCUCUGCCCUGCCCUGCCCCGCCCCGCACCAAACCCUAGCGCUCCUCGAUCGCCACCGAGCGCCCCGGAAAUCCGCCCGCCACCACCCAGAUUUGGCCUCGCGCGGACCAAUUCGGCUGCCAAUAAAUCCGGGGGCGUGUCCCCUUGGCCAUGGCCGCUUGAUCGCGCCCGGCCCAUGGGGAUGUCGGGGGCCGCCAGUGGCGGUGCCGGAUGCGGGCGUGGAGAGUACAUGAGGAUCCCGGAGGAUGUGGACGCCAUCAAGGAGCCCGUCAAGGACGACGGCGGGGACUGCCCCAGCCUGCUACGCUGCCGCGCGAUCCGAUGGUGGGCGCAGAUCGCCGUGCUCGGGGUCUUCCUAGCCGGCGCCGCCGUGUCCGCGGCCGUAUUCCUGGGGCCCCUACUCAUCGAGAAGGUGAUUGUGCCACUGAUUGACUGGCAAUCGACAACUUUCAGCCGACCAGUUAUUGCUCUAAUAUGUUUCGGUGCAAUCGCUUUAUUCCCAAGUCUAUUGAUACCUUCGUCCCCCUUUAUGUGGAUUGCGGGGAUGACCUUUGGAUAUGGUUAUGGCUUUCUGAUAAUUACAACAGCAAUGAGCAUAGGCAUGUCAUUGCCUUUCUUUAUAGGAUCUGCAUUUCAUUCCAGAAUACACAGAUGGUUGGAGAAAUGGCCCAAGAAAGCAGCUUUUGUUAGACUUGCUGGUGAAGGAGAUUGGUCCCAUCAAUUUAGGGCAGUGGCUUUACUUAGGAUUUCCCCGUUUCCAUAUAUAGUUUUUAACUAUGCUUCCGUGGCCACGAAUGUCAAAUAUUGUCCGUAUAUAGCUGGUUCAAUGGCGGGAACCGUACAUGAAACCUUCCUUGCAAUAUACAGUGGAAAACUCGUUGGAAGCUUGGCUGUGGCAACCAGCGAAGGGUCUUUCUUGUCAGUUGAUCAGAUUAUCUACAAUGUGAUUGGCUUUACGAUUGCCGCAGUUUCUACUGCUGCAAUAACUAUUUAUGCGAAAAAGGCACUUCAAAAAUUGCAAACUGAGGAUGAGCUGUGUUGAGAUCUGUGCUCCGGACAAACUUCAUGCUAGGUUCCCUCCAGCUAAACUACAUACAGGUGCUACUAAUCUGGUUUAAAGUGUCAACAACCUGAUUUCAUCUGAGUGGGGGAUACUGCAACAACUGUAAAGAAAAUAGAGAACCAGAAUCACUUCCCCUACUUUUCCUCUUCUUUUGGUUUAGUUUUCUCUAGAGAGAAAACUGCCAAAAUUCCAUCAAUGUACUGAACCAGGGUCUGUGCAAUGUAUAUUCCUAAGCUGUUGAUUUCUUAAGGAGAAAUGUUCUGUUUUGUGUUGUUUAUUGAACAACAAAACGUACAUUGAUGGAUGAUAGUAAUGUAUAGCUAACAUAAACAUCUUCUGCUCUCCAGCGUGAUUCUAGUUCAUGAUUAUUUAUUUUGUUGUUGCUGAUA